CCUCUCUUCCCAGCCAUGCAAAGCGCGGGAUGAAGUUGGAAGCAGUGGUUGAGCAGCUGCAGAAGCAGCAGCAGAAGCAGCAGAUCCCUCUGCAGAUGGAUUCCAGGGAGAGGCAGCAGAGGCAGCUGAGGGAAGCCCAGCUGCUCUACACUCAACAGCUGGCCGUGCAGCAGGCUGUGCUGGCAGCCACAUCUGGCAGGGCUUCAGGAGGCUCUGCUGUCGGGCCUCUAGCCAGAGGUCCACCUGCAGCUGGAGCUGCCCGGGGGUUUGAUCAGAGCAGUAUGAAUUCAGAGCCAGAAGAAGAAGAGGAGGAUGAAGAGGAGGAAGAUGAAGAGGAAGAGGAGGAGGAGGAAGAAGAAGAAGAAGAAGGGGGUUUGGAAGGUGGGGAGCUUGAGGAUGGCGCCGAUGUGACUGGCAAAGAAACCUGCUCUGCUCUGAAAUAUUUUCACCCCCCUAAAGUUGCUCACCACAACCAAAGAGUGGCCUCUACCUCGAGUCCCCUGCCAGCUGUGGGCCACCAGUGGGGCCAGCAGGGCAAGGAAGAACAGGGUAAAGACACUGCUAAGCCACCCUACUCUGGAUCCCCCUCUGGGCGCCAGAACUGGCGGCUGGAGGAGCAGCUGAAACAGAACGGGACCGUGACCUGGAGCGACGACGGCGACGGAUGCCGAGGCAGAGAAAUUUCACGAGACUUUGCCAAGCUCUAUGAACUGGAUAGUGACCCUGAACGGAAGGAGUUCCUGGAUGACCUCUUCAUCUUCAUGCAGAAGAGGGGAACUCCCAUCAAUCGGAUCCCCAUCAUGGCAAAGCAGAUCCUGGAUCUCUACAUGCUCUACAAGCUGGUGACUGAGAAAGGAGGGCUGGUGGAAAUCAUCAACAAGAAGAUCUGGAGAGAGAUCACCAAAGGCCUUAACCUGCCCACCUCCAUCACCAGUGCUGCCUUCACCCUCCGGACCCAGUACAUGAAGUACCUGUACGCCUACGAAUGUGAGAAGAAGUCCCUCAGUUCUCCUGCUGAGCUCCAGGCUGCCAUCGAUGGCAACAGGAGGGAAGGCAGGAGGCCCAGCUACAGCUCCUCCUUGUUCAGCUACUCCCCCACCACCUCGGGGCCUCCUUCCCUCCUGUCUCCCCCAAAGAUCCGUUUCCCCAUCAUCGGCGUGGCGCCGGGCAGCGGGACCAGCAACCCUCGGGUGUCUCCAGCAGCAGCUGUCAGAAAAGGGGAUGGUGUGCCCUUGACUGUGUCUAUGCCAAACCGUAUCGCCGUGCCAGUGACCUUGGCCAGCCAGCAGGCAACAGUGGCAGGAAGAACAGCCACCCUGGAGCAGCUGAGGGAGAGGCUGGAGUCAGGAGAACCUCCAGAGAAGAAGGUGUCCAGGAUGACAGAAGAGGAGCAGCGGCUGGUCCAGCAGGCGCUGCAGCGCAACCUGUUCAGCAUGACACGGCAGAUCCCCAUGAAGGUCAAGAUCAAUGGCAAGGAAGACAAAGCGGAGGCGGCGGCGCUGAACGUGUCCCCCAACGGCAUCGGGAGCAUCAACAUGUCGGUGGAAAUCAAUGGCACAAUCUAUGCUGGAGUGCUCUUUGCCCAGAAGCCAGUCGUCCACCUCCUUGCAGGCUCCAGCACCCAAAGUUCCUGCAGCAGCAGCAGCAGCUCCCACUGCUCUCCCAGCCCUACCUCAUCCCGGGGAACCCCCAGUGCAGAGCCCUCCACCAGCUGGUCUCUCUGAUGGAUGGCCCAGCCUGCUGUCUCACACUGGCCUCCAGCAGCUCUUCCCUCUCUGCUCUGGGCAGGGAAGGAGUCGCACAGAUUACCUCAUCUCAAGGAACCUGCUUUUGUGGUUGGCCAACACAAGAUGAUGAUGAUGAUGAUGCUGAAACCUU